ACUAUUCUGGCCCUUCUCGUUUCGCAAUGCCAUCUUUCGCGAUGGCAAGAUCUUUGCUAUGUUGGAUUUCUCUGCAGGUAUGGUCAUAGAUUUGGUGCAUCAUCCUAAGCCAAGGUUUACGGCAGUCAGGCCCCUGUCUAUACCAUCCCGGAUAUCAAACUUGAUGCUAACCAAGGCUGGUGGUGAUCUCUUGUUAGUAUCCCGAGAUCUUCUAUCGGGAAGAAUCUGUGUGGAUGCUUGCCCGCUGGACCUAAAAAGAAAAGAUUGGGUGCGAUUAACAAGCUUGGGCGGGCGUGCAUUGUUCUUGAGCUACAAUCGAUGCGAGGUGUUGGAAAAUCCAACAGAGUGGGAAGGUGGGACUGCAUAUACAUGGUUUCUAGAAAUACGGUGGUGAGGCAGUCGUUGAAGGAUGCAAGCACCAAAGUUCUCAUUGAAUCUUUGCCUCAACUAUACGCAGGUCAAUAUAGAAAUCAUGAUUGGGUUACUCCGAUUUCAAACCAACUUCCAAUUUAGAUGUUCACUGAAAAGUAGGAUGAAUUGGCUCUUUGAAGACUUCAACUGUUUUUUCUCUCAAAUUUUUGUCGUAGCUAUAUAAUUUCUCUUUCGUAUUCAUGCUUGUGAUACACUGUGGAUCUUCUGUGACGGUAACUAUAUUAUGGAUCAUGCACACUUGUGCAGUAUAGGUGACCAUCUGCUUGA